UAGUUUAUUUUAUCUGUCGAUAUGUUUGCACUUUCCACUAAGCCAUUACCCAGCUGCACAAAGUGCUUGGAGUCUGCCCAGUUCUGCUCCCUCCUGGGACAGAUCUAGAUAGUGACGUGUUCAUGGGGAGAUGUUAAUUUCCGGUAAUCACCACUCAGAUGGACAAGAUUUCAGCUAAUAACUGCAGAGAUAGCCGUGUUCUCCAUCUAUUAGUAUCUGCGUUACAUCCAAUCUUCUCUCAUUUAUAGUCACUCUUCUGAACUUGAAGCCCACCUCAUCUAUUCUCUCCUUGUGUGGCCUUCAUUGAACUUCCGCAGGACCUUCAUCAUGGAGAAGGGCACCUUUGCUGAAGCCACAGAUAAAUUCCUGAGAACCACCAAUAUCCACGGGCUGAGCCACUUGAGGUCCUUGUACUCCUUGUUCCACCGUCUUCUCUGGACGGUAGCCUUCAUUGCCUCCUUUUGUCUUUUCUUCAUGUGGUCAUUAGAGCACUUCUACUACCUGUUGUCCUAUCCGACGCACACCAAUGUCAAGAUGAUAUGGGCCAGACAGCUCAACUUUCCAUCCGUGACCCUUUGUAGAGUCCAGCAGCUGAAUGCGAGCACCGAAUAUCCCCGUAACGUUUCUUCGUUUGGAAGUCGCCCUCAAACCGAGCGUUUUGCUGACCUACCUGGUGCCAAGCUAGAUGGCAUGCUUAUCCAUUGCAUGUACUGUGGGAAAAAUUGUACAGAAGAAGACUUUACCCCUGUGUAUACCAGAUACGGGAAAUGCUACACCUUCAACGCUAACAAAAACAACCCCAAAGUGACACGACAGGGCGGUAUGGGAAAUGGACUGGAGAUAAUGCUUGACAUUCAGCAGGAGGAAUACCUGCCUAUCUGGAGAGAGACCAAUGAAACGUCAUUUGAGGCCGGCAUCAGAGUGCAGAUCCACAGCCAGGAUGAGCCGCCAUACAUCCACCAGCUGGGGUUCGGAGUUUCCCCCGGAUUCCAGACCUUCGUCUCAUGCCAGGAGCAGAGGCUGACCUACCUGCCCCAGCCCUGGGGAAACUGCAGAGCCCCGGUCCCAGGAGAGGUGUUCCUGCCCGGGUACAGCACAUACAGCAUCUCUGCCUGUCGGCUGCAGUGUGAGAAGGAAUCGGUGGUGAGGAAGUGCGACUGCCGGAUGGUGCAUAUGCCAGGAAAUGAAACAAUCUGUUCUCCCAAGGAGUACACUGCCUGUGCUGACAACACACUAGACGACUCUGUGGAAGAUACCAGCGACAGAUGUCUUUGCCCCACACCUUGUAACCUGACCCGUUAUAACAAAGAGAUCUCCAUGGUUCGAAUCCCCAACAAAGGAUCCGCCCGCUACCUGGCCAAAAAAUACAACAGGAACGAGACGUAUAUCCGAGACAACUUCCUAGUGCUGGAUAUCUUCUUUGAAGCUCUGAACUACGGAACGAUAGAGCAGAAGAAAGCGUAUGACCUGGCCAGUCUGCUCGGAGACAUCGGGGGUCAGAUGGGACUGUUUAUCGGGGCGAGUAUCCUCACCGUUCUGGAGAUAUUAGAUUACCUGUAUGAGGUGAUGCGAGACAAAGUGAACCGACUAGUAAAACGCAAACCAUCCCCCGUAAGAAAACCCACAGAGAACAUUUCAACACUUGUUAUGGAUGAUCUGAAUGACCAGAGCUCAAGUGAGGUCCGUGGACGACAUCCAGAAGGAGCCUAUGCCACUACAAUGCUUCCAAACCAUCAUCGACAUUACACACAUCAUGGGGUAUUUGAAGACUUUGCUUGCUAGAGGCAAAAUUGUGUGGUUAUACCUUACAUAACCAAAUUGUUUCCUUGAUGGAGAAAAACACUAUUUAUGAAUCGUAGCCUGCCUCUCAGUGACUUCUUAGGCCGCCAACAUUUGGAUGGACUACAUUUUUUAUAAGGACACACCUACAAGAAGACCUUAGAAGGUGCAGAUGUACGAGAACCUUAGUUUUCCUUCUCUUUCUAAAGUCAAAUGGGAGUCCACAAUGCGAUUGCGAUAUAAGGGCAGUCACUCAUCUGUUGCUAUGUAGGCUUCAUAUAUGCCCAUUAUUUUAUCUUUUUUUUUUUUCAAGUAUAACAUCUGCUAUAGAGGAGCAGCUAAAUUAUCAAGGAGAACAUCAAAAUAAAAUACAAACAGAAAUGGGAUGAGGUUAUUGGUGGAGGACAAUUCAAUGGCAGAUUGAUUGUAGGAGAUCUUGGAAGAUUGGUCUAAGAGUAUUGAUAUGGUUAAUAGGUACACUUAUCAAUCAGCACAGUCAACAAUAUCAUCUGAUGUUUAUAAAAAAUACUUUUGUUUUAAA